UUCUUUGUGCGGUACAUCGAUUUGCAGCGGCCAUUUUGUCGAAGCAGCGUGCUUGAGUAAGAGGUGGCCAGUGGCGUCUUAGAGAAAUUUGAUUGCAUUGCUGUUAUUGUUUGUGGUCGUAGAAUUUUGACAAGAUCAACAUGUCUAACAACAAAGGUUUUGUUGUUCGUCUGAGGGGUCUGCCUUGGUCUACAAGAGCUGAUCAAGUCGUUGAGUUUUUGAGAGAAUGUGAAAUUGUUGGUGGUGAAGAGGGAGUUCACUUUACCUUUUCAAGAGAAGGAAGACCGAGUGGAGAAUGCUUUGUUGAACUGGCGUCUGAGGAGGAUGUUUCAAAUGCUCUCCAACAAAAUAAUGAGCACAUUGGCAGCCGUUAUAUUGAAGUAUUCCGUGUGGAAAGAACUGAAAUGGAAUGGAUGAUCAAGAGGGCUGGGGCUGGCGUGGCUCAGAAUCAAGGAAUGUCUGAUGCAGUAGUGAAACUCAGGGGUUUGCCUUUUGGCUGCUCAAAGGAGGAAAUUGCCCAGUUCUUUACAGGGUUGGAGAUAGUUCCUAAUGGAAUUAUGCUCCCUGAAGACCGUCAGGGGCGGAGCACUGGGGAGGCUUUUGUACAAUUUGCAUCGCCGGAAAUAGCAGAGAGGGCUAUGGAUAAGCACAAAGAGCGCAUAGGUCACAGGUACAUUGAAAUUUUCAAGAGUUCCAUGAGUGAAGCGAACAGAGCAGGUGGAGGCAUGCGAGGUGGAAUCCGUCCACUGAUGGGCGGCGGUGGCGGCAUGAUGCCCAGACCAGGGCCCUAUGAUCGUGGAGACCGCUUUGGAAUGGGCAUGAUGGCAGGCAUGGGAUAUGGGAGAGGCAGAGGCCGUAAUCUGAAGGGAUUCUUUGAAGAAGAAUUUGAGGACUAUGGUUUUGGAGGUGGCAUGGGAUUUGGUGGAAUGCGCAACAGGCGUGGUGGUGGUGGUGGUGGUGGUGGAGGCGCCGGAGGAGCUGCCAUGGGACCCAUGAGGGGUGGCCGCGGAGGAAUGGGCAUGGGUGGUGGCAUGGACAGAAGAGGCAUGCAACCUGGUAGCUGCUAUGUAAGCAAAACCGGCCACUCUGUCCACAUGAGGGGUCUGCCUUUCCAGGCUCUAGAACAAGAUGUUUUCGAUUUCUUCUCACCAAUCCAGCCUGUGCGAUGUGAAUUUGAGUUUGGCGACAAUGGAAGGCCAACUGGAGAAGCCAAUGUUGAUUUUGCCACUCACCAAGAAGCUGUUGAAGCUAUGAAAAAGCACAAGAGCAACAUGCAACACAGAUACAUCGAGCUUUUCUUGAAUUCUGAACCAAACAUGCGCAACAAUGGAGGCAGCGGUGGCGGCGGCGGCUACGGCAACAACAUGGGUGGAGGCUUUGGAGGCCAGAUGCCAAGUGGCAAUGGGUACAACGAUGACAUGGUUCCAGGAUUUGGCCAGGGUGGCGGCGGUGGCAACGCUGGCUUCGGAGGUGGUUAUGGCGCUGGCCCCAACCAAGGCUUUGGAGGAAACCAAGGUGGAUUUGGAAACCAAGGCGGUGCUGGGUUCGGAAACCAAAGUGGUGGUGGAUUUGGAAACCAGGGAGGCUUGAACAACUAUGACAUGGGUGGUGGCUACGGAGAUGGCAUGGGCACUGGAGGUGGCAUGAUGGGCAACAACUACACAGCUUUCUAAAGGAAUGAAAACUUUUUUUGUUUUAUUGUCCUUUAUAUUGCAAAACUUCAGUGUGAAACUGUCAAUUGCAGCAUGGAAAAAAAAACAGACCUCUUUACCCCAAUUUUGAGCUCUUACAUUGCAUUUUAAGCCAGGUAUGUUGUAACUGUGCUCAAUGCGGUGAAAAUUAUUGUGACCAAGUAUUCAUGUAGAUGUUCAAUUAAUUUGAAAUGAUGAAAGUGUUUUCAGCACGUUGUUUUAGAUCUUUUUAAAGGGCCUGUUUGACUUGUGUAACAUUUGUAUAUAUGAAGUCAUCCUGCAUUGACCGACAAGCAGCAACACCAUGCAGUUCAUUUCCAUUUCCAUGUUGUCCUGUCAGAUAUUUUAAUUGUAACUGUACUGUAACUUUUUUUUUUCCCCCUUCUAGCUGUCAUGAUCAUUUUCGUUGUUCGACCACUCAAGACGUCAUGUACAUAUGCCAUUCCAAAUAAAUACAUUUGAGUAUAA